AGAGCGAAAGGAAAGUCCGAUACGAAAGAAAGAAAAUCCUCUCCAAGUUCGCAACCCUAGCUAGGGCUUUCUGUAUCGAUCUUCUCUACGCAGGUUCAGAUUUUCAAAUUUCUUCCGUUGAAAGCUUCGAAAUCAUGUACGGAUCGAGAGGGGCAAUGUUGGGAAGCGGGGGGGUUUCGGACGGGUACGAGAUCGGCUCAAAGAGACAAAGAAUGAUGGAAUCAAAUCCCUACUUCGCAGUGAGCAGCAGUGCAAGUGGUUUCCAACCUUAUGGCUAUGGAAGCGGCUUUCAGCCUCCCACCUUUCCAGUGGUUCGUCUCAGGGGCCUUCCUUUCAACUGCACCGAUCUUGACAUUUUCAAGUUCUUUGCUGGGCUAGACAUAGUGGAUGUGUUGCUGGUGAACAAGAGUGGGCGCUUCUCAGGAGAGGCUUAUGUUGUCUUUGCGGGAUCCAUGCAGGCUGACUUUGCUUUGCAGAGGGAUAGACAGAACAUGGGACGCAGAUAUGUUGAAGUUUUUAGGUGCAAGAAGCAGGAUUAUUACCAUGCUGUGGCUUCAGAGGUGAAUUAUGAAGGAAUAUAUGACAAUGACUUCCAUGGAAGUCCUCCUCCAUCUAGGUCAAAGAGGUUCUCAGAUAAGGACCAAAUGGAGCACACUGAAAUAUUGAAGUUACGUGGUCUCCCCUUCUCUGUGAAGAAAUCUCAAAUUCUUGAAUUUUUUGGAGACUUUGAGCUUGGAGAUGAUAAGGUACACAUUGCAUGUCGCCCAGAUGGUAAGGCUACCGGAGAGGCUUAUGUGGAGUUUGCUUCAGCAGAAGAGGCUAAGAAAGCUAUGGGCAAGGACAAGAUGACAAUUGGAUCACGGUAUGUCGAGCUCUUCCCGUCAACACCAGAUGAGGCAAGACGAGCUGAGUCAAGAUCAAGGCAAUGAUUGUGUGCUAUGGCCUGGGAUUUUAAUGCUUAUUAUCAGUUAAUAUUUGAUCUGCAACCAGCUACACCAUGUUUGUUUCCAUCUAUAGACGGAUCCUUUGUUAUGGUACUUAAUAUUCUCUGUUUUUUAGGAUAUAUGCAUAUAAUUUGGAUUGAGACAUUUUUGACGUUUGAAUUCCUAAAUUUAAAUUGAAGUUUUGGGGACAA